AUGGCAGCCGAUCAGAAUAAUGGAGGAGAUGCAAGAAAGGUUCUUGGUGAUCUCACUGCACCCACUUCUGACUUCUAUGGAAGAACUGGGCAUUCAACACCCACUCAAGACUUCCCUAUUGAAGAACUCAAGGCAAAUAAGGCUCACAAGGAGAAUAUAGAAGUUCCAAUGAAUGCCUUGUUGCAAUUCAUGGAUUAUGAGGAUCAUUCCUCCUCUGAUGAGGAAGAGGAAACUAAGGAAGUGCAAAUUGCUUGGUACCUAGGAGUCCUCAUAAAGCUAAUUUCCAAGUUAUUUGGAACAGAGACAUUGGAGGAAGAACCUCCAUUGCUCACCAAGGAACUCAAUGCCUUGGUUCAACAGAAACUACCUCAGAAGCUGCUGGAUCCCGAACGCUUCCUAAUUCCUUGCACCAUAGGAACCAUUAACCUUGAGAAGAUGGCAGACAAGUCAAUGAAAAAGGCAUUUGGUCUAGUAGAGGAUGUCUUAGUAAAAGUUGAGGACCUUUACAUCCCUACAGAUUUUACAAUCAUGGAUACUGGGGAGGAAAAGGACGAAUUCAUCAUUCUUGGAAGACCCUUCCUAGCCACUGCCAAUGCCAUCAUUGAUGUAGCAAAGGGAGAGCUGAUUCUACAGUUAUCGGAGGACCACAUCUUAUUCAAGAUGCCUAACACCAACUCUUCCUCUGAUAAAAGAGAGACAGUUAUGCAACACUUAGUGUUCCAACCCUCUCUCUGUGUAAAACUAUAUAGAUCUCCCAGACACCAAUUCUAA